AUGCGCGUUAUGAAAGAACACAACAUCGACCCGGUCCCUGACCGGGAAUUCGAUGCGUUAAAGCUAUACGGAGAGCCCGAUCUCAAUAAAAAGGCUGUACUCAAGCAGAAAUACCCAGCGAGGGCUCAUGCUCGCAAAGUCGUAGACGAACUGCGGGCCGCCGGAGCAAACAAUGUCGACAAAGGCUUCAUCUACUUGCCCGGCGAGGUCACAACUCAUUAUGAAAACUCGGACAUGGGUCCCAAGUUCCGUCAACGCCGCUACUUCUUCUACAUGACUGGCGUCGACCUGCCGGACUGCGCCGUGACCUAUGACAUCGCACGACAGAAUCUCAUUCUUUGGAUUCCGUUUGUCGAGCCAAGGCAGGCCAUGUGGUACGGUUCCUUUCCCAGCCCAGGAAAGGCUGCUUCCAUGUUCGACGUGGACGACGUGCGGCUGCAGAGAGAUCUAUGCAAGUACUUGGAAUCCCAAUGCGACUCAUCCACGACCAUCUUUGCUUUGAAUCGCAAUCAGCAGCCUAUCAUGACGGACACUGGCCGGGACCAUCCCAGAUUCGAUAGGUCAGCACUACAGCCUGCUAUGGACAGGGCGAGAGUCAUCAAGGAUGAGUAUGAGAUCGCACUGAUUCGCCGCGCGAAUGACAUCUCGAGCCGUGCGCAUCUGGAGGUGAUGAAGAACCUACUCAAGAUGCGCAACGAGCAAGAAGUCGAAGCUACUUUCACGGCGCUUUCGAUCGCCCAAGGUGCACACAGCCAGGCGUACGAUAUCAUCGCCGGAGCCGGCGCGAACGCAGCGACACUGCACUACGACGCGAAUAAUGAGCCUCUGAAGGGCAAGGACCUCAUUGUCGUGGAUGCAGGUUGCGAGUUCCGAUGCUACGCCAGUGAUGUCACGCGCACUCUUCCGAUUUCAGGGGAAUUCACCCGGGAGAGCGAAGUCAUCUACGACAUUGUCAGAGAAAUGCAGGAGCGAGUCCUCGCCGCCGUGGUCCCUGGUGAGGAAUUCGCGUACCUGCACGUGAUGGCCGCGGAUAUCGCUGUGGAUGGGCUGAUGAAUGUGGGCAUCCUUGUGGGCGACAGAAACGAGAUCAUAGACAGUCGUGUCGUCACUGCUUUCUUUCCCCACGGUCUGGGCCACCACGUCGGGUUAGAGUGCCACGAUGUGAGCGGCGACGAAAGGCUGCUGUUUGCGUCGUCGUCGAAGAGGACAGAACGCAGUAAGCGAGAGAUGAUCACGCCUAUGGAAUUGAAAGACAUCGGGGUGGGCUGUUUUUCGAGAGAACAUCAGGUAUUGCGACCGGGCAUGAUUGUCACCGUCGAGCCUGGCAUCUAUUUCAACCGCGAUUACAUUGAGGGGUACUUCCUCUGUCGACCUGAAUUCGCGCCGUUCUUCGACAAGGAAGUCUUGGAGAAAUACUACAGCGUUGGCGGUGUGCGAAUUGAGGAUGACAUCUUGGUCACCGAGAAAGGGUUCGAGAACCUGACUACGGCCCCCAAGGGAAAGGAUAUGCUGGACGUCAUCAACGGCAGAGGCAAAUGA